UUGAAUUUGAAAUAAAUAGCAAGCGAAUCUAGGUUAGUUUGUUGAUUGUGGUUUAUUUGAAAAUUAAAACGACAAAAUCAUCAUCAUCAUCAUCAUCAUGAGUAGCGAAAAUCAGCAACAACGAAAAUUACGAAUAUUGGUUACACCAUUAAAUGGUUUUGGCCAUCUAAAUGCAUGUCAUGGAUUUUGUGAAGAACUUGUUGCUCGUGGUCAUCAUGUUAUUUUUGCAUUAGAUCCAGAUUUCAAUGGUUAUUUAACUGGCCAUGGAUUUGAAGAACGAAUACUUGACAUUAAGAAACGAAAAGAUCCCGAAAAUAAUAAUUUGGAUUUUUGGCAAGGUUUCAUGCAACGAUAUUCGAAUCUAUAUAAACAAGAUGCAUGGAAUAUAGUGCAAAAUUGUUUACCAAUCACUUGCGAAGCAAUGUUUGAUGAUGAAUGUAUGAGUCAAGAUGCAUAUCGAAAAAUAAUCGACGAGGUAAAACCUGAUUUAAUCAUCAAUGAUCGAUAUAUUUGUUCACCAGCUAUAGUUGGAUCAAAUAUUCCAUGGAUAUGGCUUAUGUCGGCUGCACCACAUUAUUUGUUUAUGGAUGAUCAACAAAAUCGUCGCUGUCCACCAUAUUUCUCUGGAUUACCAUGUAACGAUCAAAAUGAUGAAUAGAAACGAUUCGUUCAAAUACAGAAUGAAUCAAUGAAACCAAUAAUCGAACGUGUUAAUGAAUAUGCUCGCAAAAAAGACUUGUUGCCGUUUCCAAAUCGUUUACAUCCAUUUUCACCAUAUUUAAAUCUGUAUUCAUGGCCACGUGAAUUACGAUUUAAAGAUAUGAUGAACGAUGAUGAAACGAUUGAUGGAUCAAUUAAAUUGAUUGGUAUCGAUCACAUGAUACGUGGUACCCGGUUACCAUUUAAGCAGCCAGAAUUUAUUUUGCCAGACAAAUUGCAAAAAAUGUCUGGUAAAUUAAUCUAUUUUUCACUAGGAACAUUGGGUUGUGUCAUCAAUGGUGUAAUGCCACGAUUAAUUGAUAUUUUAUCACGAUCUAAACAUCGAUUUAUUGUGUCGAAAGGACCAAUUGAAAUUAAAUUAGCUGAUAAUAUGUAUGGUGAACCGUUUUUACCACAAUUGUCGAUUUUACCAUUGGUCGAUAUGGUUAUUACACAUGGUGGUAAUAAUACAGUUACGGAAUCGCUUUAUUUUGGUAAAAAAAUGCUUGUCUUGCCAUGUUUUGGCGAUCAAUUUGAUAAUGCACAACGUAUCACCGAAUUGGGUCUUGGCUGUCGUGCUGAUCUUCAUCAAUCAACAGCUGAUGAAAUUUUGGAAAAAAUUGAAAAAAUUCUCAAAGAUGACAAAAUGAGUGAAAGAGUUGAAAAGAUUUCCAAAAGAUUACGGCAAUCAAAUGAUCGAAAACGAGUGGUUGAUUAUAUUGAACAAAUGAUGGUGAAUUUGCCAUAACAAUAAAUCAUAUAUUUAGCUUUGAAUUAAAUUGAAAACACGUGAUCAAAUAAACGACAAUAGGUUUG